AUGGCACAUAAGAGGACCGCGUCAGGCAAUCCUAGGUACUCGAGCCGGUCCGUGACCACUGAAGAGCGGCAUCUCGAACAGCGCAGCGUUACUGAGAGAACGCUGGAGGCGCAUGUGGAGAGGAUAUUGAAGCGAAACCCCAGCAGCCCGGAAAAGCAGCGUGCAAGGAGUGGAACAGGUGGCAGAAAAGAGAGAGACGUGAGGCGGCAAAGGUCGGCCGAGUUUCGUCCCAGAGAAUCUGUCGCCGAGGCCGGGGGGCAAGUAGCAACGUGGAACCCAGUGGCCACUUUGCUGCCACACACCACAGCUCCGCUAGCCUCGCGCGUAUCGAUGGCCCCGGCUGCCUCGACGGUCCCUCAGGCGCUGCAACCGAAGCCCUUGGAUGAGUUGACGUUGGAGGUACAGGAAGCUGCCAUUGUGGAGGACCUGCUGUAUGUCUUCAUGGGCUACGAGGGUCAAUACAUCAGGUUUGCCAAAGGCUUUGAUCCGGCCGAGGAGCGAGAUCGCCUAACGGGACCAAACUUCCGAGUUUUGCCGGGGCUGGAUCCCAGUUUGGCCGACUUGACCAGAUCCAUGCUGGACAUGGCAACGUACUACUCUGCCCUGGAGGCCUUUGUCGACGUGCAGAGCCGCGCCGAAUUCGGUGCGGUGAACCACGCCCUUUGCGCCUCGAUCCGCAAGUUUCUGCAGGAUUACCUCGUCAUGAUUGCGCAGCUUGAGACGCAGUUUCUCACGAGCGAUUCGUUCACGGUCCACGUGCUCAACAUUCACAUCAUGCCAACCAGCCAGAUGAUGCGCCAGCUGUACCUCCUUGCCCACGAGCUUUUGAAGAAAAAUGGCAUCCUGGACGACGAAAGCGACGAGGAAGAUGACGAGAUUGAGAAUCCCGAUGAUAUCAUAGAACGGCUCAGAGAGGGCGGCGACCUGGUGCCCGGAAGCAUGACCAGCAAGAAGAUAUGCAAAGGCGGUGUUGUUCUAGGCCUGGUCACCAGACGCCUCGAAAAGAUGUCUGGCGAUCCCGCGGCCAGAGCGUUGCUCACGUCGCUGCUGAGGGAUACGAGCCGCCCCUACAUGGUGAUGCUGAACGAGUGGCUUCACCACGGGAGCAUAAAGGACCCCCACGCAGAGUUCGUGAUCAAGGAACAAAAGAGCAUCGGCAGGGAGCGGCUGGAGCAGGACUACACGGACGAGUACUGGGAGCGGAGGUACACGAUACGGGAAAACCACGUCCCGCCGCAGCUGCAAGGGGUCCAAGAAAAGGUGCUUUUGGCCGGAAAGUACCUCAACGUUGUCCGAGAGUGCGGGGGGGUAGACGUUAGCCAGGUCGUGCCCGACGUGCCCGCCACGUUUGACGACGCUCGGUUCCUCGAAAACGUCAACAACGCCUACGCCCACGCCAACGAGUCCCUGAUGCGGCUGCUGCUCACGACGCACGCCCUGCCCGGACGGCUGCAGUCCCUCAAGCACUACUUCUUCCUCGACCCCUCCGACUACUUUUCCUACUUCCUCGAGCUCGGCUCGUCGGAGCUGCGGAAGCCCGUCAAGAGCGUCAACACGAGCAAGCUGCAGUCCCUGCUGGACCUGGUCCUGCGCCAGCCCGGCAGCGUCGUGUCCCUGGACCCGUUCAAGGAAGACGUCAAGCUGGAGAUGAAUGACGUGACGCUGAUCAAGUCGCUGCAGCGAGUCGUCAACAUCACCGGCAUCGAGCAGGGAGAAGCCCUCCAGCCCGUCUCGAACCAGCCGGCCGAGAACGACAAGAACGCGACGGGGUUCAACUCGCUCGAGCUGGACUACUCGGUGCCGUUCCCCGUCUCCCUCGUCAUCAGCAGGAACACGGUGUGGCGGUACAAGGCGCUGUUCCGGUACCUCUUGUCCCUGCGGCACCUGGAGUCGCUGCUGUCGACCACGUGGCAGACGCAAACGCGAGGCAUCAGCUGGGCGCACAGGGGGUCGAACCGCGGCCUGGAGUUUUGGAAGCGCCGGGCGUGGACGCUGCGAGCCCGCAUGCUCGUCUUUGUCCAGCAGCUGCUGUACUUUUGCACCGCCGAGGUGAUUGAGCCCAACUGGACAAAGUUCAUGUCUCGCCUGAGCACCAGGGAUGGCGAGGGCGACAGGCCGUCGGCAUCGGCGUCGGCGUCGGGGCUGCCGGCUCGCACGGUGGAUGAGCUGAUGAAGGACCACGCCGACUUUCUCAACACCUGCCUGAAGGAGUGCAUGCUGACCAACAGCAAGCUUCUGAGGAUCCAUUCCAAGCUCAUGCAGACCUGCACCAUUUUCGCCACCUACACCAACUGGCUGACCCGCGAGCUCGAGAAAGCAGACCCCGACCUCGCAGGCCCCGAGAAGCCCAGCACCAUGACGGCGGACCAGUGGCGCCGAUUCCAGGCCGCCAGGGCCGGCCAGCGGGGCUCCUCCGCCUCCUCGCAGCCGGACCCGUCGUCCCAGCCCGACGACGAUGCCAGGGCCCGCGUGAACAACCUGUCCGAGAUCAUCAAAAAGUGGGAGAGCAACUUCAGCCGGCACCUGCAGAUCCUGCUGGACGCCCUGAACCACUACGCCGCCACCGAGUCGGUGGUGCUGCUCAGCCUCUGCGCGAGGCUCAGCACCGCCAACCAGGGGACCGAGUUUGCCGGCCGAGGGCAAGAGGACGAUCUGGGGUAA